AGUUUUGGCCUCACCUGCAUCUACCUGCUCCCAUUCCAGCCUCCACUAUGUCCAUCAGGGUGACUCAGAAGUCCUACACGAUGUCCUCAUCGUCUGGUCCCCGGAACUUCAGCAGCCACUCCUACUCGAGUGGUCCGGCUUCCCGCGUCAGCAGCUCCACCUUGACCCGAGUGGGCAGCGGCCGAGCCGGCUUCAACAGCAGCAUGAGUGUUAUGGGGGGCUACGGGGGCGUGGGCAGCGCCGGGGGCAUCACAGCUGUCACAGUGAACCAGAGCCUGCUGAACCUCCCGAAGCUGGAGAUGGACCCCAACAUCCAGGCUGUGCGCAUUCAGGAGAAAGAGCAGAUCAAGACUCUCAACGACAAGUUCGCCUCCUUCAUCGACAAGGUUAGGACUCUAGAGCAGCAGAACAAGAUUCUGGAGACCAAAUGGAGCCUCCUGCAGCAGCAGAAGACAGCUCGGAGCAACAUAGACAACAUGUUCGAGAGCUACAUCAACAACCUCCGUCGGCAGCUGGAGGGCCUGGCCCAGGAAAAGAUGAAGCUGGAGGUGGAGCUAGGCAACAUGCAGGGCCUGGUAGAGGACUUCAAGAAUAAGUAUGAGGAUGAGAUCAAUAAGCGCACAGAGAUGGAGAAUGAAUUUGUUCUCAUCAAGAAGGAUGUGGAUGAAGCUUAUUUGAACAAGGUGGAGCUGGAGUCCCGCCUGGAAGGGUUGACUGAUGAAAUCAAUUUCUAUAGACAACUGUAUGAAGAGGAGAUCCGUGAGCUGCAGUCCCAGAUCUCGGACACAGCUGUGGUCCUGUCUAUGGACAACAGCCGCACCCUGGACUUGGAUGGCAUCAUUGCUGAUGUCAAGGCCCAGUACGAGGCCAUCGCCAACCAUAGCCGGGCUGAAGCUGAGAGCAUGUAUCAGACCAAGUACACAGAGCUGCAAAAGUUGGCUGGAAAGCAUGAGGGAGACCUCCGCCGCACAAAGACGGAGAUUACCGAGAUGAGUCGGAACAUCAAUGGAGUCCAGGCGGAGAUCGAUAGACUCAAAGGCCAAAGAGCGUCGCUGGAGGCUGCCAUCACUGAUGCGGAACAGCGUGGGGAAGCUGCCCUUAAGGAUGCCAGGGACAAGCAGGCCGAGCUGGAGGCCGCCCUGCAACGGGCCAAGCAGGACAUGGCGCGGCAGCUUCGUGAGUACCAGGAGCUGAUGAAUGUGAAGCUGGCCCUGGACAUCGAGAUCGCCACCUACCGCAAGCUGCUGGAGGGCGAGGAGAGCCGGCUGGAGUCCGGUAUGCAGAACAUGAGUAUCCACACCAAGACCACCAGUGGCUACUCAGGUGGGUUGUCUAUGAACUAUGGUGGCCUCCCGAGUCCCGGACUCAAUAGCCUGAACUCCAGCUUUGGCUCCAUGGGGGGCUCCAGCACCCUCACCCGUGUCACCUCCACCAAAGCUGUGGUAGUGAAGAAGAUCGAGACACGGGAUGGAAAGCUGGUGUCCGAGUCAUCUGAUGUCCUGUCCAAGUGAACAGCCA